UUUUCGAACUCAAAAAAAAGUUUUAUCUUGAUUUUUCGAUGAUAAAUUUUCUAUCCUUUUUGGAAAAAAGCUGAUCAUUUUAUUUUGAUUUUCUAUCUUUUUAUUUGCUCAAUUCUGUAUGAUUUUUGUCACGAGACGAAAUUCGUGAUUUUUUUCGGACCAAAAACAUGGACGAUAUUCGACAACAAGCAACUGGUGGUGGUGGUGGUAAUGGUGAUGAACCAUCAUCAAUCAACAAAUCAACGAUUCAUAAUGCUGAAACAUAUCAACGAUCAUAUAAUCAUUUGAUUAAUGAACAAGCUGAUGAUGACAUUUUUCAUAAAACAUUCGAAUCAAAAGCCAAAUCGAACGAAUCUGAUCAGAUUGAUAAUAAAGAUGAUAUUGUUGAUGAUAAUGAUGACCAAAGAAAAAAAACUGGCCUUAUCUAUUAUGAUGAUUGUAUUGAACAUUAUUGUCUUUGGGAUGAUAAUUAUGAAGAAAAUCCUCGACGUUAUUUACGUACAAUGGAACGAUUAUUUGAACAAGGUCUUUUGGAUGAAUGUCUACGAUUAAAGCCAAGGAAAGCAAACGAAAAUGAAAUACAACUUGUUCAUUCGUCGGAAUAUAUUCGAAGAAUUGAACAAAUUUGUUCAUUAAUGGAUCCAGAACAAUUAGAACAAGAAUCAUCUCGAUUUGAUGCUGUAUAUUUUACACCAAGUUCAUAUGAUUGUGCAUUGUAUGCAAGUGGUUCAGUUCUAGAAUUAUGUGAUUCAUUAAUGUCCAAUCGUAUUCGAAAUGGAAUGGCUAUUGUACGACCACCAGGUCAUCAUGCAAUGAAUAGCGAAGCAUGUGGUUAUUGUAUUUUUAAUAAUGUAGCUAUUGCAGCCAGAUAUUGUCAGGAAAAAUAUCAUCUAAAACGAAUAUUGAUUAUUGAUUGGGAUGUACAUCAUGGCCAAGCAACACAACAAACAUUUUAUAAAGAUCCAAACGUUUUUUAUGUAUCAAUACAUCGUUAUGAACAAGGUUCAUUUUGGCCUGAAUUGAUUGAAUCAAAUUAUAAUUUUUGUGGUGAAUCCAGUGGUCGUGGUUUUAACAUGAAUAUUCCAUUGAAUCAAACAGGAUUAACUGAUACUGAUUAUCUUUCCAUAUGGCAUAAUCUUUUACUGCCAGUUUUUUAUGAAUUUGAUCCAGAAUUAAUACUUGUUUCAGCUGGUUAUGAUUCAGCAAUUGGUUGUCCUGAAGGUGAAAUGCUAUUAACACCAGCCGUUUAUAGCCAUUUUACACAUUAUCUUAUGGGUUUAGCUGAUGGUAAACUAGGUAUCAUAUUAGAAGGUGGUUAUUGUAUUGAAUCAUUAGCGGAUAGUGUUGUUUGUACUGUACAAACAUUAAUUGGACAACCACCAAUUCCAUUGAAUAUGAAAUAUCCAAUUAAUCAAUCUGUUAUUGAAUCUAUAUUGAAUGUAAUUACUGUUCAUCAAUCAAAUUGGUCAUCAUUAUGCAUACAGAAAACAUUCGAUAGACAUGAUCCACAUAUAGAUGAUAUUGAAGAACAAGCUAUAAGAAAACGUCAUUAUCCAACAUUAGAAUAUUGUGGCCUUGUAGAUUUAUUGGAUAAACGUCCGGAAACAUAUCCAACAAGAGAUUGUUAUCCAAAACAUUCGGAAGAAGAUGGAAAAAAAUUACAAAAAAUAAUAGAAAUUUUACGACAAAAUAUUCAAGAAAAAACAAUUCAUUAUGAUCAAAAUCGACGUACAUGUUUGAUUCGUUCAUCAGAUCAAUCGAAUAGACAUUCAGCACCACAAACACAUCCUGAACGACCAAAUCGUAUUCGUUAUUUAUGGCGUUUAUUAAAAACGGAAAAAAUUCUUGAUAAAUGUUUUGUACUAAAUAAUAAUGAUAAUAAUCGUUUGGUAACUGAUCAAGAAUUAACAAGUUGUCAUUCAAUGGAUGCAAUUGAAAAAAUUUCACGAACAAAACAAAUGGAUUAUAAAGAACUACGUGAAUAUGAACAACAAUUUGAUUCGAUAUAUUUUACUCAAGAUAGUUUUUUGGUGGCAAAAUCAUCGAUUGGAUCAUUGCUGAAAGUUGUUGAUUGUGUUUUACGUAAUGAAUGUUUGAAUGGGUUUGCAUGUAUACGACCACCUGGACAUCAUGCAAAACGUUCAGAACCGGCAGGAUUUUGCCUAUUCAAUCAAAUUGCCAUUGCUGCUCGAUAUGCAUUGGAAAAAUAUCGAUUACGACGAAUAUUGAUUGUUGAUUGGGAUAUACAUCAUGGUGAUGGAACACAGGAUAUUGUUGCCGAUGAUGAACGAAUUCUUUUCAUAUCAUUACAUCGUUAUGAUAAUGGUGAUUUUUAUCCGGAAAAUAUUCAAGCAUCAAAUUAUCGAACGGGAAAACGAAAUAUUAUCAAUAUUCCUUGGUCAAAUGGACAAAUGGGUGAUCGUGAAUAUUUAACAGCUUUUUUCAACAUUGUUAUGCCGGUUGCAUAUAAUUUUAAUCCUGAAUUAGUAUUGGUUAGUUCGGGUUUUGAUGCAGCUGAAAAUGAUCCGAUUGGUGAUUAUCAUCUAACACCGGCUGUUUAUGGUCAUAUGACACAUUUAUUAUGUUCAUUAGCAAAUGGAAAAAUUAUUCUUUCAUUAGAAGGUGGUUAUCAUUUACGUUCGAUUGCAAAUUCAGCAUUAGAAUGUAUUCGUGUUUUAUUGGGUGAAACACCAAAAUCAUUAUCAUCAUCAUCAUCAAAAUCGACGACAACGACCUUAAUCAACAACGAUGAUGAUGAUAAUAAUAAUAAUAAUGGUGAUGAUCAAAAUCAAAAACAAUGGAAAUUAGAUACAAAUGCUAUCGAUACAAUACGUAAUGUUAUUGAUUAUCAUUCAGAUUAUUGGCCUUGUUUUGUUUUUAAUGUUGAUUUGGCUAAAAAUACUAUUGAUUAAAUUUAUAAAAAUUUAAUU